AUGUGUAAGCGCAACCUCAUGCCAAGCCUGCUGCUGGAGCGCGCGGCGCGGCGCCUGCCGACAGACCAUACGGCGGCGGCGUACCCGUCCAACAGGGUGUGGGUCGAGGACAAGGAGUCGUUCCCGCGGAUGCUGCGGCGUGCCGGGUACGCGGUCGAGGAGGCGGUGGUGGUGCUAGGCGGGAUCUCGGGCCGCGGUGACGUCGAGUACGGGGCGGGGCGGGUACGGGGCGGGGCGGGUGGACGAGCUGUUCGAGCAGGCCGCGCGGUCGUCCCUCACGGCUGGGCUGGCCGUCGACGCGUGGGUGGAGAAGGUGAGGCCGCUGUUUCGCGAGGAGUGGGACAAGGCCGCGGUUGGCGGGAAGGUGGAGAGUGUCGAUGCUGUCUAUGUCUACCUUGCUAG